AUGUUUUUGUCUUUCUUUGGGAAGAUUCACGAUGGUCUCUCAGAAGUGUUAGCACCAAUAAGAAGAUCACUAACACAGAUGAUCAAGGAAGAUCCACUGAAUAAUGCAUCAGCACAAGUGCCAGAAGACGUUUUGGAAGGACACUUUGUGGUUGUUGCUAACAAGGGUGAAGAAACCAAACGGUUUGUUGUGGAGUUGCACUAUUUGAGUAACCCUUCAUUUUUGGGACUGCUGGAGAGAGCAAGAGAAGAGUAUGGUUUCAGGCAAAAGGGGGUUUUGGAAAUUCCCUGCCACCCUCAAGAACUAGAGGAGAUUCUAGAAGAAAGAAGAGAUGAAAGUGUGGGAGAUGGAAGCAAAUUAACAGAUUCAAUUCAAAUGAGUUGA